UUCUCCCCACCCUCCUGCAGGCGACAGUGUGGAGAUGCGAGCCCCAAGCGAACACAGAGUGUGUGUGUGUGUGUGUGCGCAUGUAUGUGCGUGUGUUUCAAACACAUAGCUCAGGAUUGAGGAGGAGGAGGAGGAGGAGGAGGAGAUCGCUCAUCCUGCCAGGUGAAGGAGUCAAACGGCAACGUGGGAUUGUGCGGAAGAAGAGGGAGUGUGUGGUGUGAGGUGUGUGUGUGUGUGUGUGGGUGGGAGAGAGACAACAGGAGAGAGGGUUGCCAUUGCAGGACAUAUACCUGUAUGGAGGAUACUAUCUUGGAUUCAGAAAUGGCCGAGGCGGAACUCCACAAAGAGCGGCUCCAGGCCCUAGCGGAAAAACGAAAACGACAAUCAGAGAUUGAGGACAAACGCCAAGAGCUGGAUGAUCUUACUCUGCAGCUUCAGCAUCUGAGGUCAAAAGCCAUGAGGGAAAGAUGGCUACUCCAGGGAACACCACAGGAUGGGGAGGACAGCCAGAGGAGACAGGUCGAACAGGACGAGCGGCACGUCAAGCAUCUGGAGGAGGCAGUUCACAGAUUGGAAUCUGAGAUCGGUUUGCUGGAGAACGAGGAAUCCCAAAUCUCGGCCAAAGAACAGGCGCUGCGCGAGAGGCUGCGAGAAACGGAGAGAUCAAUCGAAGAUCUACAGAAAAGUCUCCAAAACCAAGAUGGAGAUGCAGUGAGUUACGUCCGCUCCCAGACCCCCAGCCUUCCUGAGCUGAACUCCAAACCUUCGGCCGCAGCUCCGGGGAACGAGCAACUCCCAAGAAAAUCUGCGUUGUAUGCCAUGGAGAUCAGCGUGGAGAGAGACAGGAAGACCGGCGGCACCAGGAUCCUCUCGGCGGCGCCGGUGAGCCCCGAGGACGUGGGGCACCAGCCCCAGCGCGGGGUCAAGGUCUACGACGACGGGCGCAAGGUCAUCUACGAGGUGCGCUCUGGGGGCACCACCACCCUGGAGAACGGCCUGCAUCCCUGGAGCCCCACGGACGUGGACGAGCUGAUGCAGCGCGUGGGCCAGGCCCACCACCGGGGCGGCGACACCGGCACGGUCAUCGUCACGCCCGCCGAACCCGACGCGCCGCCCCCGCCCCCGAGCCUGAACGAGCAGAUGGUGCAGCACAAGGAGGCCGAGCUGGAGAUGGUGCGCAGACAGCAGGGCAAGAUGGCCGCCGCCGCUGCUGCGGGCACCACCGCGGGUCAGCCGCGGUUCCAGGACGAGGUGACGGAGGCGCCCGAGGCUUCCUCGGAGAAGCCGGUGACCAUGAUCUUCAUGGGCUACCACAGCGUGCAGGACGAGGACGAGACCAAGAAGCUCCUGGGCUUCGACGGCACCAUCAAGGCGGAGAUCGUCCUGAUCGACGAGGACGACGAGAAGUCCCUGCGCGAAAAGACCGUCACCGACAUCUCCACCGUGGAUGGCAACGCCGCUGACCUGGUGUCUGGCCGCCCGCUCUCUGACAGCACUGAACUGUCCUCGGAGGGCAAGGACGAGAGCGUGGCCACCAAGGGACUCCCAGCCUCAGCAGGGUCAGGGUGGGAUGCCUCCUCUGGGUCAGGCCUGGAUGCCUCCUCCAGGUCAGCAGAGAACGGACCGCUGACUGGACCUCAGACCGGGCCUCUGACUGCUCUGAAAUCCUCCAAACUCCCAGAGGAUGACAGUGAGCUGAAGAGAGAGAGGAAUCUAAAGAGUGUCAGCUUCAUAGACUCUGUGCGUGUGAUAUCUGGAGGCAAGGACAACAACAUGGAGCUGGAGACACAGAGCGAGAGCCAGAGCCGCUACGGCAGCGCGGGCCAGAACGGGACGGCGCAUCAGGGCGAAACCAUGGACACCGAGGUUGCCCGGGAGAUCCGUUACCUUGACGAAGUCCUCGAGGCGAACUGUGGCGAUCCUGCGGCUGACAUGACUUCAAACGGAACUUCUUCCCCUGAGCCUAGACCAAUCAAUAUCGAUGGCAAUGGGCCAUCUGUUGGAGUGUCGAAUGUGUCCUUGCCUAUUAAUUAUGGGGUUGUAGUGGAGAGGAGUAAGCAGACCACUUUUGUGGGUGAGGACAGUGACAAUACCAAAUCAAACGGUCACUCAACAGCAGCCGCCCAAGAUGGCAGGAGACAGCCAAUGACGACCAUCAAAAAAGAAGCGCGCUUCGAGCUGCGCACUUUCCAGGAGGAAAAGAAGCCGUCAAAGCUCUUCGACGCUCCGGCGGAAGCGAAGGAGAUUCGCGUGAAGAAGGUCAGGCCGUCCGAGGAGGUCGCCGAGCUCGAGAGGGAACGUCUGGAACUGAUUCGCGGCCAGGCCGUCAAGAAGAACCCAGGGAUCACAGCGAAGUGGUGGAAUCCUCCUCAAGAGAAGACCCUGGAGGAGGAACUGGACCCCGAGCAGCUGGCCUCGCACAGGAAGUACGAGGAGCGGAAGCAGAGGAAGAUGGAGUCAGGCCGGGCCUCCCCGCAGGUGUCCCCAAACCCGACGGCCCCGAUGGCCCCGAGUCCCACGCCCUCCUACAGCCCUCCAGAGCCAGCGAGCAAAGAGGACAUCGUCACGGAGCAGCUGGACUUCUCGUUGGCACGGAAGCAGUUUCUGCAGAUGGAGCCGGUGAAGCAGCCGGUGGCGGCGGGACGGAAGAGAGGAGUCGCUCCCCAGCUGUACUCGGCCAAACCUUUCUCCCGAGUGUCGGAGGGCACACACAUCGAGCGCCCUGGAGUGUCUGUCACCACCGCCGCCAGCCAAGGUCUACACGGCCUCGACGACAGUUGUGACGUGACGAUGGUCAAAACCGAAAAGAUCUUCUGCAGCCCGGGGGAUUCGCCCUCGCAAAGCGUGGCAGAGAAUGAGAUGAAGGAUAGGCAGAAGGCUUGGAAUGUGGAGAGUGACUUCACUUGCGCCCAUGCUGUCAUGACUCUGGUGAAGGAUGAAGAGCCGGACGUGUACCAAGUGCAGCGAUCCACGAACAGCUCGUACCAACCAGAGGAGAUUGACUCGGGCCUGGACGACCUGUCCGUGCGCUCGCAGGACACGACGGUACUGGAGACCCUGUCCUAUGACUUCAGCAUGGACAACAUCAGCGACAGCGGGGCCUCCAACGAGACCAUGAGCGCCAUCCUGGAGAACUCCCUGGGAGACUACUCCUUCCCCUCCACCCCAAUGGCCACCACUCCCGUCAAUGGGAAGUCUGACAGGGGCACCAAGUCACCCGAUGAACACAGCGUGUCCCUCUCCUACCAGGCAGACGACAGCCUGACGGAGGAGGAGCUUGAGUAUCAUGCUGGAGUUCUGGUGCAGAACGCCAUCCAGCAGGCCGUUGCCCAGCAGCACGAGGACUGGGAGCCCAGGCAGGCCGUUGCCCAGCAGAACGAGGACUGGGAGCCCAGGCAGUCGUCCCCAAUCCCAGAGAGACACAUCGAGGUGGUAGAGCCUUCACCGCCUUCUCCACAACCUCAGGAAUCUCCAGUUUAUCCUGUGCCUGCACCCACUUCUUCUCCCAGAGUGUCAGCCCCCGUGGAGGAAAAGAGAAGUGCAUCGUCUCCCACCAUCACCGUCCAAGCUCCAGUGGCGCCCAGCGUCUUGCGAUUUCCCAGCACGGCUAGCGCCCCUGCUGAUGAUGCUCCUGCUCCAGUUCCAGAACCCGUACACACAUACAAGCCACCCAGCCCAUCUCCCCCUCCCAGCGAGAAGCAGGAGUUCAGCUACUUCAGCAAGUACUCGGAAGCAGCAGAGCUGAGAAGCACAGCAUCUGUGCUGAAGAACCAGGAUGUGGAGGUCAACGCGGGCCCCUUCAAGCUGCGCUCCCGCAAGCAGAGGACCCUGUCUAUGAUCGAGGAGGAGAUCCGAGCGGCCCAGGAGCGCGAGGAGGAGCUGAAGAGGCAGCGGCUGACACAGUGCCUCCGGCCUCAGCGUGCGCCUGCUCCUGCGUCUGCGCCGAGCCGCAAGCAGAAGACCAACAGCCUCCCCGCCAAACUAGUUCUUCCGGGAAAGACAGCACCAGGCAAGAUUGAAAAGAUUCGCCCAGCCCCGCCAGUCUCCCCCUGUUCCUCUGAAGGACCACUCCCCUCGCCCCUCUCCGAUCUGGGCAGCGACGACUCCGGGGGAUGCCAGCGCCCCAAGAACCUCAUGCAGACCCUGAUGGAGGACUUCGAGACCCACAAGGUUAAACGUCGAGAGAAAGUUGACGACAACAGCUACGCCCGUUUAAAGCUCGCUAGUGAUGUUACAUCCGAGGUCCUGGAGGCUACCCGGGUGACCCGUCGAAAAAGCAACAUGGCACUUAAAUGGGAGGCAGGGAUCUACGCAAACGAGGGCGAGGAAGAAGAAGAAGAAGAAGAAGAAGAGGAGUAGACACCGCUAACACCGCCCCCCCUCCCCCCCCAAACAUAGGAGUGUGAGCUAAAAAAAAUAGGGCGGGGGGCAUCUCCACAGGACAACCACAUUGUAUUUAUUUAAGUAAGGGGGUUUCAUAUCACAAGACCAACUCAUCGAUGCUGACUGUUGGAGUUGGACAUGGAGACACCUGCUGGGGAUGUGGACAAGCAGCCGGGGCCAAACAUAACGCAGGCCCUUAGUUACCCCCCUUAGUUACCUUCUAGCGGGCCCUUAGUUACCCCUAGUUUCCUACUAGCGGGAUCACUUCCUUCCGUUGCUUCAAGGUUUCUGUUUGCAAUUUUCUACUUGGUAUUUUUUGGAAGCGUGUGCAUUACUGGGGAAUGUGCUACUCUUGAGCAUGGAACUUGAUUUUGGGUGAUAUGCUUGUUGCUUUGGAGCUUUUGAAGACAAUUUUUAAGAUUGAAUGGACACACAAACCUGCCUUUUAGUCAUGGAGAGGUCUGUUUUUAAAGGACUGGUUGCUAUCAAACGCAACCAGUGUCAGGUUUGGCCCUGGAGUGAUGGAGGUUUGGUCCACACAUAAGUAGCUACAAGUAUAAAGGAAUUUGGCCCAUUUCUACUGAACCGAAAGGACUAAAUAUCUAUCUAUCUAAUCAUGUUCAUUUUCACCUUUGAAACUAUUGCUGCACUUCUGCUUUUGAUUUCUCCUCAGCAUCAUUAGAACCCUAAUCCUAACCCAUUAGAACAGAGGAUCCACAGGUUUAGAACCCUAAUCCUAACCCAUUAGAACAGAGGAUCCACAGGUUUAGAACCCUAAUCCUAAUCCGUUAGAACAGAGGACCCACAGGUUUAGAACUCUAAUCCUGACCCAUUAGAACAGAGGAUCCACAGGUUUAGAACCCUAAUCCGUUAGAACAGAGAAUCCACAGGUUUAGAACCCUAAUCCGUUAGAACAGAGGAUCCACAGGUUUAGAACCCUAAUCCGUUAGAACAGAGGAUCCACAGGUUUAGAACCCUAAUCCUGACCCAUUAGAACAGAGGAUCCACAGGUUUAGAACUCUAAUCCUGACCCAUUAGAACAGAGGAUCCACAGGUUUAGAACCCUAAUCAUAACCCGUUAGAACAGAGGAUCCACAGGUUAAGCUAGAAUUACAGGUGUAAAAAGCAUGAAUUUCCUGUAACAUGAAAAUAAGCAAAUACAGUAGCACCUGGCUAAUGAGAACAGGGCCCAUGGGUUAGCCAAGGGUUAUAGGUGAGGGUCAGGGUUAGGGUUAAAGGUUAGGGUUAGGGUUAAAGGUUAGGCUAACCCUAGGCCCUCUCAGCUCGUCAAUCAAGGUCUCAGCAUGUUAGAGAGGGCCGUGGAAGUAGGAACUAAGACCAGCGUCUCCAGGAGGGAAAUGCCUUUCUGCGCCCGUGCUGUUCUCUAUCCACUCCAAAGAGGAAAUGAGAGGAGGAGGUGACCAAAGAAAAGAGACAGGAUGUUGAUUGUUUGUGGAUGCUGCACGCAGAUGGGCCUACCAGCUGUUCAUGGAACAUACCUAAAAAUGCACUUGAUAGUUUUACGAGUGUGGAGAGAGUUUAUUUUUGUUUUAUACUAUAAUGUCUUUCAGGGGUGCGUAGUCAUGUAUCAUUAGUGAAGGGAGCCAGUGCAGACAAUCAAAGCAUGCUGACAGUGAUGUUCUGAAUGAUAACAGUGUUGGUUAACUAUCAGAACUGCCAAGAUUAUGAGACUGGCAUUGGAUAUGCAAAGCUGCAGCCAAGAUAAGAAAAACUUGUUAUCAAUAUAAUGUUUUUAGUUCAUAGACUCAUUAUUGAGGAGUCUGCACAAAUCUAGUCAUUAAAUGCAAUCCUGCUAUAAGCCUUAGGCUGGGGAUGCACCUGACCACUACUCACUACUAACAAUUUCUUUGAUUGGUCUGAGCUGUGGGAUUUUGUCUGCCAUGUUGACUAAAGUGUCACUGGUCAUAAAAUGUCAAUUCAAGGUUGAAAAACUAAAUUAUAUUUAUCAUUAGCAAAAGUCACAUCCAUAAUAGGGCAGUCAGUGUGGGCAGGUCGUGGGCGUAUAAGUGCAAAGAGGAUCGAUUGUUUUGCUUUUGUCAUGUAAUGGUUUUGGUGGUUGGGCAUAUAGGAACACUGUAGUUUCCCUGAGGAACCUGCUUUUCAUUACGGGCAAGGAGAUGAUAUGUGGUAACUGCCCAGUGAAUGCAGUCGGUUUAUUUGCAGACAAGAGAGUCUGCAGGGACUGAGAUUACAGAAAGAAAAUGAGAAGAGAGAAAGAGAAAGUGUGAAUGAACGUGUGAACAAAGGGAAAAAUGAUAAUGACAAGCAUUAGUUACAGUGCAUUUACAUUAGUUACAGUGCAUUUCCAUAGUUACAGUACAUUUCCAUAGUUACAGUACAUUUACAUGUAAUUGCACUUGGAUAGACAAUGAUAAAUGUUUUAAGAGUCCCAAUGCAUAUGGCCUCUUGGUGUUUGAGCGGAAGUGCUCAAGUUUGAGUAAAGGAUUCUUCUUUACAGCGAUAUGAUUUCCGUCUCUCCUCUGCAUCAUCAGGGACAGUUCUGAAACCAAAUGCAAUAUCUCUGUUUUCAGACAGAAGAAUACUGAGCGUGAAAGACAAUGACAUCAUGAUUUUUUUUCUUUCAAGAAACAGUGUGUAUCCAGCCAGUCAGUCUGUGUUUUACCCAAGCAUCUACAAACUUAAGAAAUCCAUCACCCUGAGACGCUUCCCUUUGUAAAAUGUCAAGAAUUCCAUUGUUGAUGAGCAUGUACUAUUAAAAAAAUCUCCUUUUUAUAUGCAUAUAAUAUAUAUAUAUAUCGAUAUCGAAAAGUAUUUAACGGACUGUUGUUAAUGUCCCUUUAUAAGUAUUCUUUAUAGCUUCAGAAUUAGACUGGCACAUAAGUACAUACACACACACACACACACUCACACACAAACACACAUACACACACUCACACACACUCACACACAAACACACACACACUCUCCUUCUUGGGAGGUGUUUAUUUUUUACUGUGGUCUAUGACGUGAACAAGUAUAUUUACUAGUGUGAUGUUGUUAAUGCAAAGCGAUUGAAUUUAUAUGGUGUGAAGUGAUGUAAACAGCCACUCACAGUUACACACACGUCCGUCUAAAGAGAAAGACGAGGUGAGACUGCAGGAAUGAUGAAGUGUUAUUUAGUAGCUGGCUAUGCUCAGAGGGGGCUAUGUACAUGUAUAUAAAAAGGCUGAUGACAAUUGCCCUCUUGUUUAUUGGAAUUGGCAAACCAAUUAGGUCUGGGGAUAUAGGUGUGAUGCAGUCCACGCGAUUUGUACUCGGGUUCUAUGAUGUGGAGAAUGAAUGGUAAACAAGUUGCUUUUUUUACAAGGAGAUUAGUAUUUUUUAUUUGUGCAGUGAGGACAAUGUACUUAUGGAUGGACAUUUUUUUUUGCAAAUGACUGGCUUUUCAGUAGUGUGUAUGCUUUUUUUUAAAAAAAGGAAAAAAAAUGAUAAUUCUAUCUUCUGCUAAUUGGUGUAUCUCGGGAGGGUUGGGGUUGCCAGUUCUUGUUUUUCAUGCCAAGCCUACUGUGUGUUCUGCACAAGUGCAGAGGAAUCUUGCUUAUACUUGCAGCUUGCCUUGCGUGUCCACUUAUUGCUGUGCUGUAUGUAUUUAACUGGCACACACACACACACACACACACAGACACACAGACAGACACACACACAGACAGACACACACACACACACACACACACACACACACAUGCACAGCUGAUGGUUUCAAGUAGUCAGGUAUUGUUUUAGUUGUAGAAUACACAAAUAGCACAAUGUAUUUCAAGUAUUUUUGAUAAUAAUGCUGAAUUGCUCCAUAUUAUGAUACCAUGCAAAUGGAUUAAGGGUGAUGAGGUUUGAUUCUUGAAGCCUUCAAGUGAUGGUUACGGUUGGCCACUCUUAGAGUGAUGGUUAAAGUUGGACACUCAUAGAGUAAUCAAAUGCAUUGUGUAAUGAUGAGAUUUAAGAUGUUUGUUUCUGGGAAAGGAAUAAGGUUUCAGCAUGCCCCCAGUCUUCUUGAUUGUGUCAUGUGUUCCUGAAGCUGAUCUGGGGACAGUAUUACAGCACCAGCCCCAUGUGCUUUACUCUAGUCAUUUAAAUAUUCACUGUACAUUUCUGCAGAUCUGAAAUAUUUACAUGGACAACAGGUUGCAGACUCUUUUUGGGGGGAUUUAAUGGAAGCUGCACAA